AUGUGUGUUGUGCCGGCAACUGUAAUUACUCGCAUAGAAGUUUCUCAUCAGGAACGCAGUGACUCGCUUCGUGCUGAUAUGCGUGAGUUGGCUCGACGUGUUCAGAAUCUCGAUUGGUUGAGUACAAAAACGGAAAAUACUUUGGAUCAGAUGAGAAAUGAGGUUGAAGGUAUUCGUUUGGCGGUCGAUGAUCCAGGAAAACGAACAGGAAUUUCAUCGCGUAACGGCGGCAGUUUCGAUCUCCCAAGCAAAAUCGAAGAACUUUCUGUCAUGAUCGCCUCGACUCGUUCCGGCGUCUUCCGUCUCGAAGUCGAAAUGCUAAAAGCCACAAACAACUUGACCAUCAUCAAUAACACGACGCGCGACAUUCAACACGGUCAACGCUCGAUUCCGACGAAACAAUUUGUGAACAACGCCAUUUUAAGCUUAAAAUCCCAACCGAUCCACGUAAACUUGCAAAAUGCCUACGAAACACAACCCGACAAGGAAUUACAUUCGAAACAUCCCGCCUUGCCCUCGUCGUGCAUCGAAGCGUCGCCAAACCAAUCGGGAAUUCACAAGAUGCAAAUCGCCGGAAGGAAUCAGAGCCCGUUUUACGGUCUUUGUGAAUUGGUGAAAAAUGUUCCGUGGCUCGUCAUCCAGAAUCGUGUCGAUGGUUCGCUGAAUUUCUUCAAGCCCUGGUUGGAUUACGUCAACGGAUUUGGCAGUUUGAGCGGCGAAUUCUGGAUUGGACUCGAAAAAUUGCAUCAAUUGACGGCAAAUGAGAUUCAUGAGUUGCUGAUUUUGUUGGAGGACUUUGAGGGAAAUAAACGUUAUGCGCAUUACGGAGCGUUUGUCGUUGCGAGCGAAAAGGAACAAUUUACGUUGAGCGUUUUGGGAACGUAUAAUGGGACAGCGGGAGACAGUUUGUCGUAUCAUGCAGGAAAUAAAUUUUCUACUUACGAUAUGGAUAAUGAUGGAUGGCAAGAUGGGAAUUGCGCACAAACUCAUACGGGAGCUUGGUGGUAUAGUGCCUGCGAUUUGAGUAACCUCAAUGGACGUUACUUGAACGGCGAUGGCUUAAACGGCGAACAGGACUUCCAAGGCAUGUAUUGGAACGAUUUCCGUGGCAGCUCCUACUCCCUCAAAUCAUCCAAGAUGCUGAUUCGCCCUAUUAGUGCAACUCUUGGCAGCACUUCUUACGACAAAAAUGUCGUCUAA